AUGAACGCUUUUCGGCAGCCACCAAAAGAAGCUCUUAUAUCAGGAAAAAAGACUUUGGUCGUUAAACCUUUGGCGAAAUGUGUGAGUUUUUGGUUCAUUAAUUUGUCGAAGUUAUUAAGUAUUUCCCGAGUUCGGAGGAUUAAUAAAUAGUUCAAAAGUUAAUUUUUCAAAAGUUGAUGAAGUUCCUUCAAAACGAAAAAAAAUUUUGUUUUUUUUUUUAAUUCUUGGAUUCUUUUUUUUCAAAAAGAUCAGAUGGGUUAAGAAAUUUUCUUCCAGUUUUAAGGAAACUAAACAGAUGUGCCUUUAUUAUCUGAUGAUCACUUUGAAUUUUUAAAUUUUGAAGGCAGCAAAAAUUAAAAAUUUUGUAAGAGAGCUGUAAUUUUGUAAAAAUCAAACUGGAAAAAAGUUUUUUUUUUCAAAAUUUGAAUGAAAGUUCUUUAGAAGGUACCUCAAAAUUGCGCUUCACGCAACCGAUGCUAUCGACAUGAAGUUAGUUGUUUCUUCUCAAUUUCUUUCCCAUUUCUCAAAAAAUUCAGGAGAAUACUUCUCAGCUUAUCGAUUUGAACCCCAUUCGACCAACUUUCGAUUCAAAUUUCGAAGUUCAAAGAUUGACCGUGGAGCUGAACCAACUGAGAACUCAAAGGGUUCAGGUAAAUGUCUAAAAGCUUUUCUUUAUUUCGGAGACAUGAUUUGAAUUUUCUAGGAUAUAAGCUGGCGCGGAAUGACCUAUAUAUAUUCCACUGCGAUAAAAAACAGCGAAAAAUUAAUUUCGAUAUUUUGUAUUUAUUUUCUGAAAGUGAGGUUCCAGUGUGGGUUUCAAUAGAUUUGAAGCGGAAUCGGUGAUUCUUAAUUUCACGGUUCCUAAAUCUUGAUUUUCUUCUUUAUAAACUCGAAUUUUCAUGAUUAAGGUUGAGAGAACUUUCAGGAAAUCAUCAGGUGGCUAUUGAAUAACUUAUUGAGAUAUUACGGUCUUUAUGUCAAGAAAUGGUUGGAAAGUUAAUUUUAAUCUUUCUGCUUCAGUAUCUUCGGAGCCACAUCAGAAAAUUGAGCGGGACUCAGAGGAAUCCGCCGAGAAACGGCGCCAUAAGAAUCGGCAACGAUGUCGUCGAAUCGGUCGAAAGCGAUCAUGCAGAGGUGAGAAACAGCCAAAUUCUCGUUCGGAGUUUACUUGCCUUUUUUUUGAAAAUUUCGAAACUGGUUUAACCUAAUUUAGGAUGAAAUUUGAUCACGGAGAAAAAACCUAUGAAAUCAAGCGCACAGAGAGUUCUUGUACAGUGGAUGCAGAGUAAUUUAUCCAAAAUAAAAGUCUUUCCAAUAAUAAAGCCCCUUCAUAUGAUCUUUUAAAAGAAUCGCUGCGGUUUUCUUCAAGGUCAAGUAGUCUCACCCUGGGAGAACAUUAUAAAAUUUGCCUUCGCUCCUUCAAGCGAUGUAGUAAAAGUUUUUAAACAAAUUAUGCGUGAAAUUCAUUUUGCAGGAUCUUCAUCCGAUUCUCCACAACUCCAACGACCUUCUGAUUUUGUUCAAGCAAGAAAUAGAGAAGGAGAAGGUGGAAGCGCAGAAAGACUUGGAAAAGGCCGUGGCUCAGCUGGAGGAGCGGAUUAAGAGUUCCACACAGAUUGAGGUAUAACAUCCCAGAAUUUUCUCCAAUUCCAAUCAAAAACCUUUCUAAGAUUGAAAGAUGCCGUCAAGAACACGAAGAGGACGUCCGGGAGCUCACGUUGAUGUACACGGAGCAAUAUCGCUCCAUGGAGACGGCUCUCGUCGACGAGAAAACCGAGUUGAUGGGUCGAAUCGAAUACUUGGAGGUGCUGUUGGGAAACUCGACAGAAAAAAGGAAAAAUUAGGGAAAUUUGAGAAAUUCAAAGCGAGAAAAUAAUAUUCUGAGUUUACUGACGUGAGUUCGUAGCACACGGUUUUUUUAUAUAUAAAUAUUGUUUUCUGGAUACGCUCAUAAAUGGGCAGACCAUUUUUAAAGCAUCCAUAAACACACCCCGAGACUUCAUAAAUAAAAUUUUGUUUUACCUCCCUAUGAUUUAAACUUGAUUUGAUUUCACGUCAGCACUACCUUCUUGGAGUUAAAACUGUUCUUUAUGCCCUUUUUAUUGAAACUUUUCUUAGUCAACCUUUCCUCUUGUACUGAUUGAUUGAGCUCUAGACUUACCAUAUGUAUACAUUUACUGAAAGAAUUGGUCACAAAUGUAAUAUAAUGCAUUUCUAACAUACUGAAUGAAUUAGAUGAUAUGCAAGGCGUUAAAGAUCACCGAAAAGAAAUAGAUAUUAUAGGAAGAGCUGCGCCUGGUGAAAGAAUCUCGCGAUCAAGGCAUCCGACGCCUUCAGGAGGCUCGAGCCAGCAUCUCAGAACAGGUGAUAGCAAAAGUUGAUCUUGUUGAGAAGAACUAUAAUACAGAAAAUACGUCAAAUUUCUUGUGCAGCAUUUUCAGAAAGAUAACUUUGAACGGGAAAAAAUAUGUUAAAUUUGCAACUUUUGAAAGUUACUUCAGUCAAGAAAGGCUUCAGCUUCAGGAUGAUUUUCAUUUUUUUUUUUUUCUAGACUCAUGAAUUCGGCCGCGCCAAAGAGCAACUCGAAGUCUUACAGAAUGAUUUGAGCCGUAUGAAUAACGAAACGAGAACAUUUGAGGUUUGUUUUUGUGGUUUUUGGUACUUUAAUCCAGAAAUCCAUGAAAAUUGAUCAUUUUUCAUGUCACUUUGUAUAUAGUCAAAAAGUUAAAAUCAAUCAAGAGGUAUUUUUUCCAGGAUUAUAACUUUUAUUUUGAUAGCUGAUAGCUUCAAUUUUGAAAAUGAUUAACGAGUGUUAAAAUUAUUUACGCCCAUUCUCUAUGAGAAAAAAAGAAGUUGAAGUUUUCUUGCUCAGGAUGACGCAAGAAACGUUGAGAAGAUCAAAGAUGAGCUUGAAAAGUACAAGGAAAUCAACGCGAUCGUGAUGUCCGAGUUCGCAAAAGUAGGGAUUGAUUAGUUUUUUUCUUCAAAGUUGAGUUUUCAGAUGGAAGUAGAACGAGACGAUUUGUUGAACUCUCUGCAAAAGGACCUCGAUACGAUGGGAAUCGAAAAUAGGAAACGAUUCAAAAAACUGAGGAUGAUUAAUAGCGCAUUUAACUUAUUUCCGUGA